CUUUUUUCCCUCCCUUUCUAUUUGAUCAUUUCUUUUAAGUAAAAGCCAGAAUUAAAGGGUACUUUUGUGGUAGGUCCCUCUGUUUUGAAUUUCUUGAACUAAUCAAUUUUUCUACUCGCACUUUCUCUCCAUACUGUUUAUGUAAAAUCCUUGUUUGCCUGCACUAAACAUUCUGUUCCUUCUCAUUCAUGGCUUAUUCUUCCAACAUUCUUCACCAACCAUUGAUACCACACACUCAAAGCUUAAAGGUUUUGUCUUCUCCAUAAUCAAGUCUCUUAAUAUUUGUCUCUUAUCCAAUUACAACUCCCCACCCCACUCACCCCCUUCAACUACCUCAAGAAUAGAGCUUUCACAAACCCCUAAUCAAGAUUUUGCUUACUACUCUUCAAGAACAGAGCUUUUCACCACCCAUGUGAUUCUCCAAUCAAUAGAGAGAGAGAGAGAGAGAGGGAGAGAGUCCCCACUAUACUCCACACUUCCUUCUCCUCAAUUUUGAACUGUAUUCACACAAAAAUGCCUUGUCCUUUACAUAUCAUCACUCUUCUUCUAUUCACACUUAUCUCCUCCACAACUACCACCGCUAGGCGGAUCCUCCAUCAACCCUUUUUUCCAGUAGUUGAUUCACCUCCUUCCAUAACUCAACCACCCCUCUCUUCUCCUCAACCUCAGCCUAAAUUCCCAUUUUCUUCACAAUCACCCCCAAACACUCCCUUAACAACACAAAACCCAUUCUUCCCGGUCUUCCCUUCACCACCACCACCACCAUCACAGCCACCACCUUCUGACACUAUUACAACCUUUCCAGCUAACAUAUCCUCCCUCAUUCUCCCACAAUCUUCCUCGCAUCAUUCCACUAAACACAUCUCAAACAAACUCAUUGCUAUCAUUAUCUCACUUUCUUUACUCUCUGCAGCUUUUCUCACUUCAAUAGUCGCCUUUCUCGUGCAUUACAAUCGCCAUGGAAAAGCUAUCGAAGAGAAAAAGAACUACUAUCAACGAACAGAUAGUCUCCGACUUGUCCCUCCUAAUGCCACCCCCUCCGACGGUGGUGCCAUCAAGAAAAGCAAUUCGCCGCCUCCGCAUGCAGAGGCGGCGAUGGAAGAGGAAGUGCCACGUCACACUCCCUCUUCCACUAGCUCGGAAUUCCUUUACCUUGGGAUUCCGAGCUCAAGAGAAGUUCAAUCACAGGAACUCCGGAGACUUGGAUCACCGGAGCUCAUGCCACUCCCGCCAUUGCCCCGUCAGCAUUUUCAUAAGAAUGCUGAAGUGGGGUCCGGUGAAGAUAAUGAAGAAGAGUUUUUUUCUCCUAGAGGGUCUUCAGGUAGUCCAAGUCACACUAUAUCAACUUCCCAUGCAACACCAUAUGAAGUUCCAUUACAAACCAAGAAUACAUUUCCAUACUCAAACUCAAAUUCUCCUUCGGAAUCAUCAUUAAAUAGUCCUUCCAUAGAGUUUAACUUAAGUCCAAGAAGCUUAACAUCCAGAUCACCUGAUUCGUUAGUGAAUUUUCUGGCUCCACCACAGUUUAUACCCGCACAGACGACGUCCAGGGGAUUGGCAUCACCUACGUUAUCUUCUGGUGAUACCCAUAAUUCCCCUUCAAUGGUCUCAGAUUCAUCAGCACGGAUAUCUGAGUCUUCGCUGAUGAAUCUGGGCGGUUUUGGUGGCAUAAAAUUGCCACCGGCACCGCCUCCGGGCCCACCACCGAGGUUUUGGGAAGCGGAAAAUGGUGGACCACCAGUGUUGGUGGCACCAUCUAGGCCUGUUUCAGGUCAUCAUGUUAAUGGCAUUACUAAUGAAGAGAGUAUAAAGCUAAAGCUUAAACCUUUGCAUUGGGAUAAAGUUAGAGCUACCUCAGAUAGAGCAAUGGUUUGGGAUCAAUUGAAGUCUAGCUCUUUUCAGUUGAAUGAGGAAAUGAUAGAGACUUUAUUCACUGCGAAAGAUGGCGUAACACGGCUGGCACAGCCAGUGUUGAAUCAAGAAAACAGGGUGCUUGAUCCUAAGAAGUCUCAAAAUAUUGCAAUUUUGUUGAGGGCACUCAAUGUCACUAUUGAAGAAGUUUGUGAAGCACUUUUAGAGGGGAAUGCUGAUACUCUGGGAAGUGAGUUACUUGAGAGUUUAUUGAAGAUGGCUCCCACUAAAGAAGAAGAGCUGAAGCUGAAAGAGUUUAAAGAUGAAUCACCAUUCAAGUUAGGCCCAGCUGAAAAGUUUCUCAAGGCAGUGCUUUAUAUCCCUUUUGCAUUUAAUAGGGUGGAGGCAAUGCUAUAUAUUGCAAACUUUGAUUCAGAGAUUGAAUAUCUUAAGAGGUCAUUUGAGACACUAGAGACUGCUUGUGAAGAAUUAAGGAAUAGUAGGAUGUUUCUAAAGCUAUUAGAGGCUGUACUCAAAACUGGGAAUCGCAUGAAUGAUGGAACCAACAGAGGAGAUGCCCAUGCAUUCAAGCUCGACACACUUCUUAAGCUUGUAGAUAUUAAAGGUGCUGAUCGGAAGACCACACUACUGCAUUUCGUUGUUCAGGAAAUCAUCAGAGCAGAAGGGUCUCGUCUUUCUGGUGCUGAUCAGAAUCCAAAUGUAGAAAAGAACCAGCAAUCUACUCUACGAGAUGAGGUUGAAUUCAGAAAGAUUGGCCUUCAAGUUGUUUCUCGCCUAAGUGGUGAGCUUACAAAUGUGAAGAAAGCUGCUGCCAUGGACUCUGAUAUUGUUAGCAAUGAAGUUGCAAAACUAGCUUCAGGAAUUGUUAAGAUGACUAAUGUUCUUAAGCUGAAUGAAGAGUUGGCGCCGAGUGAGAGUAGCAGAAAAUUUUCCGAAUCAAUGAAUGGAUUCUUGAAGAAGGCAGAGCAAGAAAUUAUCAACAUCCAAGCUCAAGAGGGUGUUGCCCUCUCAAUGGUGAAGGAUCUCACAGAAUAUUUCCAUGGUGACUCGGCCAAGGAAGAAGCUCGCCCACUUAGGAUAUUCAUGGUAGUAAGGGACUUCCUCUGUAUCCUCGAUCAGGUGUGCAAAGAUGUUGGGAGAAUGACUGAGCGAACCAUAGUCAGCUCAGGUAUGCCAGUCAAUGCAGGUCUUCCCCAAGUUUUUCCUGGAUACAAUGUAAGGCAACAAGAUAGCUCCUCUGAGGAUGAAACAAUCCCAUUGGCAUCAUAACUUCUUGUUAUCAGAUGAAUUCCUUCGUCGUAAUAAGCUGGCUUAUUUCCACUGUAUAGCUUAAAACGAGUUUGGGGGAGCCUAUGGUUUGGUCUUUUUGAUGUCAAGUAGUGGAUAUCAGUCUUGCUUUUCUCACCUGUAUUUAUGCCUUUUCUGUAGUUGCAUUCUAGAGCCAUCUUAUCCUUACAUAUGUACUGGUUUUAUUGAUAAGCCACUAUCUUUAAGGUUGUAAUAUAGGAAGUAAAAGUAUAUCAGGGAAUAUUAUUCUGAUAUUUGAUCACGAGACAAGUUGGAAAUAGUUUGUUAAUAUGUCA